AUGGAUAGAGAGAAGUUUCGGCAGAAGGCUCUGAAGCAAACUAAGCAGAAGAAAUCCAAGUCGGCUGAAUUUCUGAUGGUUAAAGAAGAUAGAGAGGCUACGGAAGGCAUUGGGAACCCAGCUUUUAACGUGAGCAGCCCGGAUCUCUUAGCACAUCAGACUUCAGACAGAAAAGUUAUUAGACGUGACACGCUGGAUCGUACCCUUGCAGCUCACCAACAAAAAUGCAGGCUGCUGGCCUCUGCUGAACCAAAAGGAAAUGAAUACAGCAGAAAUUACUUUGACCCACUGAUGGAUGAGGAAAUAAACCCAAGGCAGUGUGGGAUGGAGGUCAGCAGAGAGGACGGUACAGAAUCCACGGAUAUCAUCAAAAGAGACAUGUACAAGAGAAGGCGAGGAGUUACUCUCAGGAUAGUUUUUAGCAGUAGCCCAAAGCAAGGUGAACUGAAAACUGAAAAAAAAAAAUCCCAGCCUUUUAUUUGCCCAAUACACUUGGGGGAUGAAAGGAGAACCAUUCUCCUGAAUAGCAAUGUUGAUGGGGAAGUGAGCAUCCAUAGACCUGAUCUUGUAACGGAAGCCCAGUGUAACGCCCUUGACCGUGGUCUGUAUGAUUCCUCCGGGGCCCUUCACGAGAACAGUGCUUCCCUUCAGAGUGAUGUCGACAUUUUCUGGAAGGUUGUCAGUCUCAUUGCUGAGAAUCGUCUUGAUUCUUGCACACCCCUGCAAGUUGACACUAGAAUUCUCAAUGAUCGAUUAAUGAAGCUGUUUGAGGAGAGAGGACAAGGAGAAGCCCAAGAUGGGAGCCGCCAGGAGGAGAUUUUGGAUUCUGAAGAGACAGUGAAUUCCAGAAAGAGACCGGAAUCCCACAAAGAGGGCAGCGAGGCAUCUGAAGGAUAUGUUCAGAAAAAUACAAUUCUGCUUGGAAGUUCUUCUUUGGAACAGGCAAACCUUUUCAUUAUCCCCAUUGUCAAUUUCUCUUCCUUUUAUCUCCCCUCCUCUUGUACCCACUGCAGAGUGCCAAGUCAACCAUUAAUUGCACAUCGAGAUGUCUGGAAAGAAAACAGGCCGGCCGAGCUCUGUACGCUCACAGACGUAACUCACGAAUCAAAGGCAGCAGCAGCAGGACCUUGCUGGAAGGUUGAGCGCAGCCAGGCGCCUCAGCAUCUUCAAGUACGGAUGAAAUGUGCAAGAGGCCUCAAGAACAAGGCUCCCCGAGGCUCCUACCGCCUCAGGGUGUCCCUGCUUGGUCGACCAGGUGGCUGUGUCUUCCAGUGGCAGCAAACGGAGCAGCUGAAGACCAGAACACACCCAGUGAGGCAUGAUGGAAAUUUUUAUGAUCUGGGGCUCUAUUUCCACGAAAGCCUUUAUGUGGCACUCCCUCCGAAGAAAGAUGUGAAACCUGGCAUGGCGUUCUUGUUUGAACUCUGUCUCCUUCGUGGAAAAUAUGCUUCUUUUGACUGGGUUGUGGGCUGGGCAGCCUUCCCUGUGUGUGAUAACAACUUCGAUGUAGUGGAUGGGAAAUUCAAGUGUCCCCUUCUCCGAGGUCACUAUGACCAGAAAUUCGACAGCUUCAGGAAAAUGGAAGAUUUGAUGUGCCAGGACUUGGACCACUGGCUGUGCAAUCUCUACUUUCAGGUUAUUAAACUUCCUCUGUGUUUGGAUGAUCAAACAACCUAUGAAAGGCAGACUCAGCUUCCUCCCGAAUUUCCAGUUUCUUUAAUGGCUGGAGCAGAGACAGCAGAAUCAGGCGUGGAGAAUACGGCUGGCCUUUCAGAGAAACAAACAGAAGAAAACAUUUGUUCGUCCCUGGAUGGGCAGCCCCUGACCCCUCUGAGAGAUCCCGACACCCAUAAGGGAAGUGUUCCCACUGAUGUAAAGGAAGUAGAGACGCACUUUAACGCCAAGGAGGGAGGGAGAAGGCAACCAGCAAGCUCACAACAGGAUCCCAAGACCCAGAUGAGAACUGCAGCCCUGCCUGAUAACAUUGAUUUUGACCUGGUAAGAUUUGAAGAAGCAGAACCAGCUGGGCCGUGCUAUGCUCGGAUUUCUGACCUGCAAAAGAUGAGGCAUUCGGCAACACCCGGAGACAUUUUUGGUUGCAGCAAGUGGGGGAGGGAUGGAGGGGUGGAAGGUACUGCGGGCAUCCAGUGGGUAGAGGCCAAAAAUGCUGCUAAACAGUUUAGAAAACACGGGGCAGCCCCCAUAACAAAGAAUGAUCCAAUCCAAAAUGUCAACAGUGCUGAGGUUGAGAAACUCCAGGAUAAGUCACACAUCAUAUCAAAAAGAAGCAUUUCUAAUAAAUUUGGUCCCUGCCCUAUGGACUGUGAUCUCAAUCUCUUAAAAGAAGACCGUGAAUUACACAAGAAGACUCUGUCUUUUGAUGAAACAAUCCCCUCGUUCUUCAUCUGGCCAGAUGGGAGUGCUCCCUGGAGUCGUGCACAAAGACCCCGUAAAGAGUUUGGGGGAGAAAAAGCUGCCGCUAAGUGGAGCUUAAUUGUGCUAGAACUACCAGGAGAUCUGGAGGUGUGUCCUGGGCAACAGUUGCAAAAAAUCAGGGCCCCAGACAACCGUAUAACUAGUUUUUGGGAAUUCUUAUCAAGAUGUAGUGAGACCACAAAGAGAGAAAGCCUGAUAAAUCACUCAGUGAAGGAAAAAUCAGCUGCAUGGAGAACUGGAGAACUUGAGGAUUAUUCAGAGGAUGUAUCUUACUUGGAGGAACUGGAGAAACACAGAUUUUCAGUUUGGUGUUCCUCGGUUGCUGAUGGUACUGGAUCUAGAGAGUUCUUCAAGCACCUUCAUUUCGGGAUGGUGUCGGCGUUCUCGGAACUUCAAUUCGCUGAGUGGCGAAGCCAGGGCUUCUGGUUCAUCAUCCUACUGAUGGCAUCUCUCUGGUUCCUGAGGCUCUACCUCCAUUACCUUAGCCAGUGGCUUUUCCUCCAGGCCAUUUCAAUUCCUGUUACAAAAUUCCAUUUUUCCCCUUUCACGGUUGAGCUUUGCUACCCAUCUUCCUCACUUGCCAUCAAAGAAGAGUUGCUCGUAGUUGUGGUGGGUCCUUUAAUGCUGAAUGCAGUGAUACUUCCUUUGGUUCUGAUCAGAUGGGGCUGUCAGCUACUGUUUGCCUCCUGCCCUGAUGUCUUGUCAAAAUUAAUCAUUACCAUGGGACUAUGGACAGUUCUAGACCCAUUGGCCGUGUUUAUAGUGGAUACUGUCCUCGGGCGGCUUACACAGAAUGGGGAGACUCCCAUAGCUGACGCAGCAAAGCUGUACUGGGUGUUUGUAAGAACCAUGCAGUCGGGAAUUCUCGGUGUCAUGCUCACAGUGCUAAUUUACAUCCUCCUGUUCAUCAUUUCUUCUUUGAUUUUAUAUUUGUACUGUCUCAGAUUGCACAAUGAUUCUUGGAUAUUGGAUGUAUUUCAACGCAUCCAUAGUGAAGAAACCAAGUUUUUCAUACCGUAUGAUUUGGAGAUUUCCAAUCAGGAGCUCAGUUACAUAGUGAAAAGGUCUGAGCAGUGGAGAGGAAUCAACGGUGACAGAAGGAAGGUGGCAGUGUAUGAUUAUAUCUGGAAAAACCAUGGCUUCAAGUCCAGAAUCUCCAGCUGUGACCUCCAAAAGCAAAAUGAAAUUUCUGUGUCUGCACUUGGUCCAGAAGAUAUUAUUUCUCAUGUAUCUAUAUACACCGUUUACCCCAGUGGAUUCCAAGAGCUGUACCGCCAUUUUCUCAGACUCCCCAGUGGUGCCAUUGUUGAGACUUGA